GGAAUAUACAUCUACAUACUUUCAUGGAGGGAACACGUUAAAGUCAGAAGACAAUUGAGACUGCAGAGUUUUUCAUCCAUCUUGACCUGUCUUCAUUGCUGUCUGUAUUCCAUCAAAAGGGCUAGACAGGUUCUUGACAACACCUGCCUGCUAGAUACAUUUUGACAUCGUUCCUCCUCCAGCUUCACUUGAUCCUUUCAGGUGGAUCUUGAUGGUUUGAUGAUAGAUAGUCAUUGAUGGAUCUCGGAUGAUACUAAGCCUUUGAUUUCCAAUCCGUUCCAUAAUACACUUCACUCCAUUUGCUGUGUUAUACAGAACCCCAGAAUAUCUUCUGCUGGAGGCUGAAUCGCCAAAUAAAACGAGCAAAGACAUUGUGAGAAACCAAGAGUAAGGAUUUGUUUCUACUGACAAGAAGGCUUUCGGUCUGUACACACUUCAAGAGUCUAACUGAUCACUUUUCUUCUGAUACAUUACAAUAACAAACCAUUACAAUCACGCAACUCUCCAAGACCUCUCUGAAUCCUUACAAAAUGCCCUUGUCAAGGACCCUUUCAAGAUCUGAUUCUUGUGUUGACAUUGACUUUACAUUGCGCCGUAUAUUCAAAAAGACCUCAUUCAGGCCCUUGCAGCGAGAGGUCAUCGUUGCGGCACUAGAUGGACACGAUGUUUUCAUACAGGCUGCCACUUCAUUUGGGAAAAGUUUAUGCUUUCAACUGCCAGCAGUGAUCGAUCAAGGGAUAACCAUUGUUAUCUCGCCAUUACUUUCAUUGAUGACUGAUCAAGUAAAUGCCUUGCAAUCUGCAGGAAUCGUAGCGGGUACCAUUAAUGGAAAUACAGCUUGGCCCGAACGACAACGACUCCUUGCGGACCUUGAAUCUGGCCACCCCCUAACAAGACUUUUGUAUGUGACCCCUGAGUAUUGCUCUACAGACAACUUCCGCAAACAUCUUCGAACCGUGCAUGAACAGCGAGAGCUUGCUAGGAUUGCCGUUGAUGAAGCACAUUGCAUUAGCGAAUGGGGCCAUGACUUUAGAAAGUCCUUUAAGAAUCUCUCCUGGUUCCGACAGACAUUUCCGGAUAUACCCAUUAUUUGUUUAACGGCAACAGCUACGGAUCAAGUACGAAAAGAUGUUAUAGGCACUAUGGGUCUCUCGGAAACAAACUUGAAAGUUUUUAGAAUGACAACGAACCGCGAGAACCUUCAUUAUGAAGUGAGAUUCAAAUCAGAUGAAUCCGACCACUUCAAUGAUUUCUUACAUUGGCUCAAGGGAGUUCAUAGAAAUCGAAUGGAAAACCCAGAACGUCGGGCUGAACUAGAACAGAAGCGCGAACGCUUGGAUAAUGUAUCAGGAAUUAUCUACACUCUUUUCAGGCAAGAUUGUGAGAACCUCGCGUCUAGGUUGAGACAUAGCGGAAUAGGAGCCAGGGCCUAUCAUGCCGGACUCACUCAUGAAGAAAAGACCGAAACAUUAAAUCGAUGGAUCAAUAAUGAUAAGGGCUAUGACGUGAUAGUUGCAACAACUGCCUUUGGUAUGGGCAUAGACAAGGAAAAUGUACGUUUUGUCAUUCAUUGGCAAAUUCCAAAAUCUUUCGAAGGCUUCUACCAAGAGGCUGGACGAGCCGGAAGGGACGGAAAGGCCAGCAUACAUAUCAUGUAUUACAGUCGCGAAGACCGUGAUCGAGCAUACAACAGAGUUUCUCGAGAUGCCAAAGAAAGAGUCAAUCUAGAAGCUAGGAUUAAUAGCUUGAAAGCUUUGGUUUCAUACUGCGAAGAAACCGAUGAGUGUCGACACAAGCUGAUCUGCAAAUACUUCGGAGAGAAUGAAGUCCCUGCCUGUGAUUAUGCUUGUGAUUGGCACAAAGACGUGAAAGCUUUGAAGAGAGCAAAGCUCAACAAUCUGAUGACCGAAGAAUUUGUAAGCACGCAAAGAGAACAAGGCCGCUUCGACAAUGGAUAUGAUGAAUACGAUUGAUCAUAAUGUCUUUGUCUUGCUAGCUUGUCAUGGUCAUGAUCAUGGGCAAGUACUGCUCACAUUUGGUACAUGCAUGUUUGGAAUACCAUUGCCUCAGUUAUCUCCCAGGGAUUUUACUUUGAAGAAACGAUUGCUACAAGCAGGUAUCAUACCCAUGGAAAAACACGAAUGAAAGAACCUAUGUUCCCUCA